AAACCUGGCUCUUCUGUCUUCCGUUAUAACCCGAGAAGACUCCCCCUCCAAAGCCUUCUCUUUUCUUCUCCAAUUCGCGAAAUCUGGCGCUACCGCGCAUGCUGCUCCAAUCCAUUUUCCAAUCUGAGGCGGUUUGUGCGUAGUUGAGCAUUUGGGGGCAGGUCGAGGAAAAAAGAUUUGGUUUUGAGCUUGCUUUGAUGCCUAAAAAUGACCAAGGAUCUGGGCCAUGCAGAUGAUUCGGAGACGAGUUUUUGAUAAAUUCGGAUUGGUUGCUAUGGAUAAGGUGACCGGUUGGUUUACAUCCGGAUGAAGGAUUCCUCGCCGCGGGUCUGUUGAAUUGAAGCGGAAUUUGCGGUUGUCCAACCGCUAACGCCCGGACAGAGAAGAAAGGUACUACCCGAUUGGGAAGGCAUUGGAGGCUAAUCCACAAGCAAUCGCCGCAAUCCGUCGUCGUUGAAUCACUUCUCGACUGAGUUGCAUUCUCCGGCGUAAAUGGGGGCGGGGGCGUCGAGCAUGAUGGGGCCGGAGGGGUACGGCCGCGGGUGGGGGCAGACGUCGCUGGGCGACAUGCCGGAGAGCUGCGUCGCGGCGGUGCUGCUCUACCUCGACCCGCCGGAGAUCUGCCAGGUUGCCUGCCUCAACUGGGCGUUCCGGGGCGCCGCAUCUGCGGACUGCGUAUGGGCGGCCAAGCUCCCCGCCAACUACCGGUACCUCGCCGCCCUCGCCGCCGCGGCCGACGACGACAGCGAUAGCGACGGCCCGACGGAGGGAAAUGGCAGCCGCUGCUCCUCCGCGCCGAUGAUCAAGAAGGAGGUAUACGCACGCUUGUGCCGGCCCACCCCAUUCGAUGGGGGCACCAAGGAAUUUUGGAUGGAGAAGAACAAGGGUGGCCUUUGCUUGUCCAUCUCCUCCAAAGCUAUGGCAAUCACAGGCAUAGAUGAUAGGAGGUAUUGGAGCCACCUCUCUACAGAGGAGUCCAGAUUCCACAAUGUCGCAUAUCUUCAGCAAAUAUGGUGGCUUGAGGUGGCUGGGGAAAUUGAUUUCUGCUUCCCUGCUGGUUCAUACAGCCUUUUCUUUCGGCUCCACUUGGGCCGACCUCACAAGCGCAUGGGCCGUCGAGUCUAUGACUCUGAGCUAAUCCACGGUUGGGACAUUAAACCGACAAGGUUUCAGCUUUCAACUUCAGAUGAUCACCAUGCUACAUCUCAACAUUAUCAUCUGGAUAAGCCAGGAAACUGGAUCGUUUACCAUGUCGGGGACUUUAUCGUAUCAAGUUCAGAUCAGUUAACCAACCUCAGGUUCUCCAUGAUGCAGAUUGAUUGUACCCAUACAAAAGGCGGUCUUUGCGUAGAUUCUGUUUUUAUAUAUCCCAAGGAUCAUCAACAUGAGGACUGCAUAAUCUGCAAUUAAUUUUUGGAAAACAACUGCAUCCAGUUCUCCUUCUUCAGGGUCAUUCUUGUCCAAAGCGCAAUGUGCUUGCAGAAACAGUUUUGUUCGGGCGUCAAGGAUCGGUAUUCAGCAGGAAGAUUUUAGAUGUAGGUAGGAUAAGUUCUUCUAUGAUUGCCAUCUUAUCUGUAGAAAGAGCAGUUUCAUUUGUUUAUCAUUGGUGUAGUGAUGCUUAUAGAUGUAUAGUCGUUCUCCGACAUCAGUGAGAUUUAUACGAUUUCCCCUUCCCUGUACAGAUUAUGUUGUAUUUUUUACUUGUAAAUAAUGUGGCAGAUGAAAUGUUUAUUAUAGCCUGUU